AUGGCGCCCAAAAAGCUGAAGGACGGCCGGAAGAAGGCUUACGCCCCUAAGGUUCGCACAGGAUGCGAUACCUGCAAACGCCGUCGCAUCAAGUGUGACGAAUCCAAGCCUGUCUGUUUCCGAUGUCAACGGACCACUGUCGAGUGCCGGUACACUCCGUCUGCAAUGUGGCUGUUCGAAUCAGGCUCUGGCAAUGCAGCAUCCCAGCUUUGCAAUGCGGCACAUACUCCUCAUCCAGGCCCUGUGUUUGAUCUGGCUAAGACCAGCUGUACAAAGGAGGAGCAACAGGGCUUCCAGUUCUUCUUCUCCAAGACUGUACCCUGGAUAUGCGAGCAUGGCUAUGUGCGAUCGCGGGACUUCUGGAAUGUCAUUCUACCACGCGCAUUCCACGUGGCUCCCGCUACACGACAUCUAAUAACUGCCAUCGGUCUUCUGGACACACCAGUCGGAUCCUCCGAUCCACUUGUGGUUGACCAGCGCUGCGAGCGAAUACAGUUCAACUACUCGACGGCUGUAACCGAACUCACAUCAUUGAAUCCUCAUCCUGCCGAUGUUGCCCUCGCUCCAGUCCUGGCGUGGGUGUUCGACGCGAUGAUCAACGAAGAGUCGCGUGCUGAGGUACAUGCCCAGGCCAUGGAGCGGCUGACCAUCGCGCAAACUGAUGGUGAAUCGCCGCACCUGGGCUUGGAUGCUUCGCCAUAUAUGUUAGAGCAGAUCGUUCAUGACAUCGGACGAUACCGGUGUUUGCGCAUCCGGAUGGAUACCAAAGUCAUAGGAGACCAACCUUUAUUGCGCGCAGUCAUGCUCCGAAACCGACCUCCCGACCCGUCGACGCUGCAAGAACUGCUCAAAGAGUUCCAGCGACACUACGAAACAUACCAACCCGGAGACAUGACACCAGACUACAUUGUCGCAGCGGAAGCCUUCGCUUUCAAAACCCUGGCCUCGGUCGUGGCCAACGUAUACCAUUCAGAGGUGCAAAUGACCAUUUUCAGUGCUCUCCGCUUCUUGUGCCUGCUGACGGUCAAGCUGCUGCCGAUGCCAAUCAUGGUCAGCCCAAGCGAUCCCGAUACCAUAGACACCGCGCUGUCAUACAUUCUGGACUGGAUACUGGACCUACACAAUCGCGCCAUACCAAAGAAAACAGACAGAGAGCUACUGAUCGAUAUCCUCGAGAUCAUGCUGCCGGCGAUGCGGAAUCUCACGCCAGCAACGUGGCGCCAAAGGCAUGAGCUCGACCUCGAGCAAUUAAGUGCACUGUUGCAGCACUGUAGAGCAGUGCUCUCAGCGAAAUGA